AUGGAAGACACGGCCAAGAUGGUGCAAAGGAUUUCAAGCUGUCGCGGUGUUGCGUUUGAGAUUAAUCCCAACAAAAGUAACCUCUUUGCGAUUUCGUCUUCGCCAGAAGAGCUGCAAACUGGGAACUGGACUUGGUUUCCAUGGACUCAAAAGGGUUCCUUUAAGGUGUUUCCAGACCCAAGGUCCAGCUCCAUCGCAAGGACUCUGAGUAGGGCCAGUACGCAAAGCAACCUUUUUUGUGAUCUUGAAGAAGAUGACGAUGACGAUAUCAAUGACAACGAGGAUGGCAGCAAGUACUUGGGAGAUCAGACUGAAAAAGACGUUGAAAACCAAGAGGUUGUUGAGGAAGUUGCAGAACUGAAGCAACUGCCAAAACCGCCCCAAAAAGAUUCAAGGCUCUCAGUAAUACUGCUUGAUCAAGGGUUAUUCACAGUCUACAAGCGACUGUUUGUGGUUUGCUUAACCUUGAAUGUCAUUGGAUUGGCACUUGCAGCAACUGACCAUUUCGGAUAUGCCAAGCGGAAAGCAGCCCUCUUCUCCAUUGCAAAUAUACUGGCUUUGACACUCUGCCGUAGCGAGGCCCUCUUGAGGAUAGUUUUCUGGUUGACUGUGAAGUUGCUAGGGAGGCCACGGAUACCUAUUUGGAUGAAGACAGCCACCACUUCUUUCCUCCAAUCCCUUGGAGGAAUACAUAGUGGUUGUGGUGUGUCUUCCAUUGUUUGGCUUAUAUAUGCUCUUAUUCUCACUCUUCAAGACAAAGAAAACUCUUCCCCAGAAAUCAUAGGCGUAGCUUCCUGUAUCCUCUCUCUCAUUUGCCUCUCUGCCCUUGCAGCUUUCCCUCUUGUCCGCCAUCUCCAUCACAACGUUUUUGAACGAACACAUCGUUUUGCUGGCUGGACAGCUCUCAUCCUAGUUUGGGUUUUUAUUGUUCUCACUGUGUGUUACGAACCAGCUCUAAAGACAUAUAAUUUGAGCGCUUCAAAGCUUGUCCAAACGCAAGAAUUCUGGUUCACUCUAGCCAUAACGAUUGUUAUAAUCCUUCCAUGGCUAACAGUGAGACGUGUCCCGGUUAAGGUAUCAGCCGUUUCAGGUCAUGCUUCUAUCAUAAAAUUUGAGGGAGGAAUUCAAGCGGGAAUACUGGGGAGAAUCAGCCCAUCACCAUUAUCAGAGUGGCAUGCUUUUGGGAUCAUUUCUGAUGGAGAGAAAGAGCACAUGAUGCUGGCUGGUGCUGUUGGGGAUUUCACCAAAUCCUUGGUCUCCAACCCACCAAGCCAUCUUUGGGUUCGAGGGUUGCACUUUGCUGGCUUGCCUUAUCUGGUGAAUUUGUAUCAACGUAUCGUAUUAGUGGCCACAGGGUCCGGAAUUUGUGUGUUCCUAUCAUUCCUUUUGCAGCCAUGCACAGUAGACGUGUGCUUGGUUUGGGUGACGAAAGGGGUGGAGAAAAAUUUUGGAAAAGAGAUUAAAGAAAUGGUGGGCAGAUAUCCAAAAGAGAAAGUGAUUGUUCAUGACACAGCAAUCUUGGGUCGGCCCAAGGUGGCGGAGAUGAGUGUGGAUGCCGCAAAAAGGUGGAAUGCCGAAGCAGUGAUUGUUACUAGUAACCCUAAAGGGAGCAAGGAUGUUGUGGAAGCAUGCAAGGCAGCUGGGAUACCUGCCUUUGGACCUAUUUGGGAUUCCUAG